AUGCAUCAAGCAAUAACACAGACGGAUAAAAAGUUGACACCACUAAACCUUUCAGAAAAAUCUUUCGACCCUGAGGCAAAGAUAACCCCAAUGCAGGAUUUGGUUCGCCAAUGGAAAGCCAAACCACUACAUGGUCGGUAUAGGAGCCGCAUAGAAGACAACGCCAUUGACACGAAGGCUUCCCAAGGAUGGUUGCAGUCAGGUAAUCUGUUCCUGGAGACGGAGGGCUUCAUAGCCUCCAUCCAGGAUCAGGUAGUCCCAACAAAGUUGUACCGAAAGCGUAUAAUGCAUGAGAACGUUGACGAUAUCAGAUGA